CUCGCUCUCUGUGGUCAUCGGUGUAGCCGAGACGAGGUUGUUAUAGCUGAGACAGCAAGCUGGACAGGGCUGCCCACGGAGAAAUUCUUCCUUCAUUGACUUCAUACUCGCCUUCUUUGUUCCAAGACAAAUCUUUCAUUCAAGGCCAAACCAUGCGUGAAUGCAUCUCAGUCCAUGUCGGCCAGGCCGGAUGUCAGAUGGGCAAUGCCUGCUGGGAGCUGUACUGCUUGGAACAUGGCAUCCAACCUGAUGGUCACAUCCCGGCAGACAAGGUCAUUGGUCCUCAUGACGAAGCCUUCAGUACCUUCUUCUUGGAGACAGGAGCCGGCAAGCACAUCCCAAGAGCCGUCUUCGUAGAUCUGGAGCCUACAGUUAUCGAUGAGAUUCGUACCGGCACCUACCGCCAGCUCUUCCAUCCUGAGCAGCUGAUCACAGGCAAGGAGGACGCCGCCAACAACUACGCCAGGGGUCACUACACCGUGGGCAAAGAACUCAUCGACUCGGUGCUGGAUCGCAUCAGAAAAACGGCCGAUCAGUGCACGGGACUCCAGGGUUUCCUCAUAUUCCACAGCUUCGGUGGAGGAACCGGCUCUGGCUUUACCGCUCUGCUCAUGGAGCGUCUCUCCGUCGACUACGGCAAGAAGUCCAAGCUGGAGUUUGCUAUCUACCCGGCUCCUCAAGUGUCUACUGCCGUAGUAGAGCCCUACAACUCUGUUCUGACUACCCACACCACCCUGGAGCACUCCGACUGCGCCUUCAUGGUUGACAACGAGGCCAUCUACGACAUCUGUCGUCGUAACCUCGACAUCGAGCGUCCGACUUACACAAACCUCAAUCGUCUAAUCGGUCAGAUUGUGUCCUCUAUCACUGCAUCUCUUCGCUUUGAUGGGGCCCUCAAUGUUGACCUGACCGAGUUUCAGACCAACUUGGUGCCCUACCCACGUAUCCACUUCCCCUUGGCCACCUAUGCUCCUGUCAUCUCUGCUGAGAAGGCCUACCAUGAGCAGCUGACGGUUGCUGAGAUCACCAACGCCUGUUUCGAGCCGGCUAACCAGAUGGUAAAGUGCGAUCCUCGUCACGGCAAGUACAUGGCCUGUUGUCUCCUUUACCGAGGUGAUGUCGUCCCCAAGGAUGUCAACGCUGCCAUAGCAACCAUCAAGACCAAGCGCACCAUCCAGUUCGUCGAUUGGUGUCCAACUGGCUUCAAGGUGGGCAUCAACUACCAGCCACCCACCGUCGUGCCUGGCGGUGAUCUGGCCAAGGUGCAGCGUGCCGUCUGCAUGCUGAGCAACACCACAGCCAUCGCCGAGGCCUGGGCUCGUCUGGAUCACAAGUUCGAUCUGAUGUACGCCAAGCGUGCCUUCGUCCACUGGUACGUGGGAGAGGGUAUGGAGGAGGGCGAGUUCUCUGAGGCUCGUGAGGAUCUGGCAGCCUUGGAGAAGGAUUACGAGGAGGUCGGUGUCGACUCCAUGGACCAAGGUGAACUAGAAGAUGUCGAAGAAUAUUAAAAACUUCCAGCUACUUUUCUUGCUUUGAAAAUGCCAGACCAAUAAUAGAGUCUCAGCUCUGUCACUGUUUAAUGUGAAAACGCGCCAUAUUUAACUUUUUCUUGAUCGCCUGCUUGAUGUUUCAAUUAUUUAUUGCAUUUCUGUAAGCACAAACUUUUUGAACGUUUUCUAUUUAAUUCUAUUACGAUUUCUUUCACCUGCUGGAUUUGCAAUAAUGAGGAUUAAAUUGAAACGAAAAAGUCAACAAAGACUAUCUAUUUUUGCACAAGAUGCUAGAAAUACAAGUAACCAAAACCACUGGAACCUGUGACAUUUCUCUCUCGUAGCUUGUUGACAGUAAAUUAUGACAAUCACUGUCACACCGUCUGAGACUACAAGAUGAAUGGUAUAAUCCUAAGGCCGUGUCCGAAACGGGCUUCCAGAGCUACGGCUAGGUCUAUUGUCUACGCGUCUCCACGCAUUUCCAAUGAAGACCUAGACCUAGCUCUAGACAAGAGAUUCGGAUGCAGCCUAUGUUUUGUUAAUGUAACUCGUGCCUGAAGCGAAAUGUAUGCUUGAAAUUGUCAUUGUGAACAUGUUAUUAAAGCGUUUUGAAUUAAACCAGCAUUCACUUGCAUUUAAA